CGGCCGGCGAACGUGUCCCUGGAUUUGAGACAGCCGGGACCACAGAAGCCCGGGGACACCAGAAAAGAAGCUCCCGGGAUGCAAGCAUCUCCUGUAAUGUGCUCGCGCGUUAUAGGCACAAACCCGAGCUCUAACUUCACUCCCUCUAAUCGCGAGGAAAAUAAAGGGAGCGUCGCAAUGCUCUCUCGUGCCUAGCUACGCAUGGUUAAUUUUCCGGCUCUCGGGCCAGCUAAGACGCGGGAUUUGCACCGCAGCUUCUCAGCUCCCAGAGCCGGAGCCGGGCGCUACUUGCGGCUUCUCGGAUUUCUCCCCUAAGUGCGAAGGAAAUAACCCCUUUUGCUCUGCGCCUGCGAGGCCGGCGGAUCUGAGGGCCGGGCCCCGCUGGGGAGGACUCGGCGGGCCGGGGGCUGGCCGGGGGCUCCCCGGCGGCGCUUGCAGCGGCGGCUCGUCUGCGAGGGUUAACAGAAGUCCCCGCGGCCGGGAGGGUGCUGAGGCUUCCUCUCGCCGGCCCGGGAACGUGGAUACCGCGCCCGCAGGAUGUUCGCCGGCUGGGCCGGGCAGUCAAGAAACAUGAGAAGGCCUCGGUAUUCCUGUUCCCGGGCCGCGCGCGCCCGUCUGGGUAAAUAAAGCCGAGACGACGGCGGUGGCUGCGGUGAGCGCGCUGGAGCCCGCGCCGAGAACAUGCGGCGGGGAUGGGAGUGCGCCUAGCCUCGACGCGGGAGAGCCAGCCGCCCUGCCGCCGGCCGCCGGCCCCACUGCCACAGAACCCGAGCCCUGCGGAGCUCCCGGCGGCCAGGCCUCGAGGCGCUGCGGCCGCGCGGCGAGCCCCAGCCAGCCGGCACCAUGAACACCAUCGUCUUCAACAAGCUCAGCGGCGCCGUGCUUUUUGAGGACCGCGGCGCUCCGGAACGGGAACGGGGCAGCCGGCCCUACGGUGGCGUCCUGGACAGUACCCACGCCCGCCCUGAGGUGGGCAUUCCGGACGGCCCGCCCCUCAAAGACAACCUCGGCCUGAGACACCGCAGAACAGGGGCCAGGCAGAACGGCGGGAAGGUGAGGCACAAGCGGCAGGCUCUGCAGGACAUGGCGCGGCCUCUCAAGCAGUGGCUUUACAAGCACCGUGACAACCCGUACCCCACCAAGACCGAGAAGAUCCUCCUGGCGCUCGGCUCGCAGAUGACGCUGGUGCAGGUGUCAAAUUGGUUUGCUAAUGCACGACGUCGGCUUAAGAACACUGUUCGACAGCCAGAUUUAAGCUGGGCUUUAAGAAUAAAAUUGUACAACAAGUAUGUUCAAGGAAACGCUGAGCGGCUUAGUGUAAGCAGCGAUGAUUCAUGUUCUGAAGAUGGAGAAAAUCCUCCAAGAAACCACAUAAAUGAAGGGGGCUAUAAUAAUCCAGUUCACCAUCCUGUGAUUAAAAGUGAGAGCUCAGUCAUAAAAGCUGGAGUGAUCAGGCCAGAGUCACAGGCCAGUGAGGACUACGUAUCACCCCCCAAAUACAAGAGCAGCUUAUUGAAUCGUUACCUUAACGACUCUUUGAGACAUGUCAUGGCCACAAAUGCUGCCAUGAUGGGAAAGACAAGGCAAAGAAACCAUUCGGGAUCUUUUAGUUCCAAUGAAUUCGAGGAAGAAUUGGUGUCUCCCUCAUCAUCAGAAACCGAAGGCAACUUUGUCUACCGUACAGACGCUCUGGAAAAUGGAUCCAAUAAGGGUGACAGUGCAGCCCACAGGAAGGGACCAAGCAAGGAUGACACAUACUGGAAGGAGAUUAAUGCCGCUAUGGCCUUAACAAAUCUUGCACAGGGCAAAGACACACUGCAGGGAACCACCAGCUGCAUCAUCCAGAAGUCGUCACAUAUAGCAGAAGUCAAGACCGUCAAAGUGCCACUGGUCCACCAGUUUUAAGGGUUUGUCGCUUUUUAGACCAAUGGCUGUUCUUCACGUCAGUGUUUUCCCAUAAAGCCUCCUCCUACGAGCCGAAGCAGAAGUGGAAAUGACUCCCUUUCAAACCUCUUUUUAUUUUUAAUUAUCCUAACUAUAUCAUUUAGUUGCUUCUAUAAAAGACAUAUAAAUUAUAAAAACCUCACUUUAAUCAAAAAUAGUAACUUAUUUUAUGUUACUCAAACUAUGCAUCAGGUGUCUGCAUUGCCGUUACAGUAAGUGCCUUGCUUCCCAAAAAUCAGCAGCAACGUGGGCGUAGUGGAGCAGCUAUGCCUCAAAUGACAACACCGCCAUGCUUGUUCGUCUGUGUGUCACUCCAGACGGGCCUCUGACCAUUCCAGGACUGAAACCACACGCGCUGAAAGGCCUCACAAUGUAUUCAGUAAUUCACGUGUUAAAACUUGGACAUCUAUUCAGCCCAAAUGAAACAUUCCUCUUAAAAAAACAACUUCUGCAGCAUUUAAAAUUGUUCAGCAUGCUUUUCAGAGUGACAGUGAGAAUUUCAUGCAUGUAUUUUGCCUGCCUAUCAGACACACUACAAAGUUCCAAAAGGAAAGGAGCGGGAUCACAUGACAUGUACACGUAAAAAGAAUCCCAGUGAAUACAUUGUGAUCUGAAGAACUUUUUCCAAGCAUUGCUGGAAAAUGCCACAAUGCCCUUUUAGAAUUAAUUUUCUUUUUCUUAAGUUUCGCUGAAGUUCUUAAAAAUUUUAUUAUAUAAAGUACUCAAAAUGUUCCCGUGUAGAACUAAACCUAUAGUUUAGUUUUAACACAUAAUCCUGUUUGCGUUAAAGUUCAGUGCUUUUUGUGAUGGAAAGCUUUUCAUGUGGAAUGGUUAAAAAAUCUUUUAGUUGGUUCAUUUCAAAUUAUAAUUGCUGAUGGACAAUUUGUAUUGCAACGAGAACAAGACAAUGAAAGAAAUGUAUCUCUAUGUGAAUAUACAUAUACACUCAUAAAAUUGGUUUUUAAAUUUAAAACAUAUGGAAAACAAACAUUGACAGUCUUUGCAUUUUGCCAAGGACAUUAAAGUAAAAAUUAAGUGAACUCAUGCAUUAAAAAAAGGAACAUUUUGUUUCUAAAUUAGACUAUCAUUGAGUGAGAAUAAUCAGUAUCAAGAAAGAAGAAUAUAGUUUUCAAUCAAACAAUAAUAUUCUAAUCAGCUGGGGGAGACUUGAAACUUGAAUAAACAGUGGAGAUGCCAAAUAUAACAGAGAAUAUGUGCUACAGAGAAGUAAAAAGGAUUUGACUCUUUUAUGGUGGGAUGUUUUUUCUGGGUAUGUAAUCUAUUUUGUAAUUUUUUUUUUUUUAACUGGAAAGCUUUUUUGUGAGUGUAAAUGAGAGCCAUUAGUGCAGCCAUGUGGUGGUAUUUUUCUUUAUUUUGCAAAAUGUUUUUCAAACCAAAGGCUGCUCUAGUUGAUAUGUGGACAAUAUCAAUCUUGAUAUAAAUCGUAGGACACUUUUUCAUGUAACAUAGUAUUUGGGGUUUGGGUUUAUUUAGUGUAUGAAAAUAAUUUGAUAUAAAAAUAUUUUGUAUAUAUAUAUUUUUACUUUGUUUUUUAAAUUGCUGUUUGCAGUAACAGUAAGUGCAAAGCAGGAUAUGUUAAGUUAUGACUGUAUGAUCAGAUGAAGUAUGAGUUCGUUUGGUUUACAUCCUUAAAUAGUUACAGAUCCUUGACAAAAACUUUCGAAUCUUUACCAAUUAAUUUUGUCAUAAUGUGAUCAUGUCAAAGAAAACGAAGGACAAGUACUUCACUCUUUUUCAUACUAUUAUAAGUUAUUCUGGUAUUAAAUAUUUUAAUAAAAUUGACUUCGUUUUGACAUAUUUCAGUUAGAUGAAUGGAUGCUGGUUGUUUUUUAUUUGAAUUAGUUGUAAUUCAUUUUUGCCAUCCUUUUAAAAAGAAUCAGCAAAUUCGUUCUGUGUUAUAAACUAUAGAUGACAAGGCAUUAUAGGAGAGCUUUCACAUGAUUUUUAUUUUUAAAUACCAAAGCUUGGAAUCUGGCCUAUAAACACAUCAAGAAGAUUUUAUAAUUAGCAUAUCCUUGGCAAUAUCUCCAAUUGCAAUUACUUUUAAUUUAUUUUUUCUUUUGCUGCUUUAACAUUUUCUGGAAAUUAAAGUUCCCCCCAAUCCUUAAAAUCUUGAACAAUGCUGAGCCAGCAGCUAAGAAUCUAACUCAUAAUUUAUGUUGUAGAGAAAUAGAAUUACCUCUAUUCUUUGUUUUGCCAUAUGUAAUCAUUUUAAUAAAAUUAAUAACUGCCAGGAGUUCUUGACAGAUUGAAAAUAAAAGUUAAUUUCUAGACUUCAAUGAUCAUAUGAAUUUUGUUUUCCUUUGAGAGUUGACCAGGUGGAGAAAGAAGAACAGAAGGGUCCAUUAUAUGCCGUAAGUCUCUUUAGGUUGGUAAGCGAUAUGAUAUGGGAGCACUGCAUGUGUAUUAGGUUUGCUUUUCAUCACCUUAGACCACCAACCUACCUUUUAAGAGCUGAGGAAAAGAGAGUAUGAUGCUGUGAAAAUACAUACAUGAAUUUAAAAUGAACAUUUGCACUAAAUGCCUUCUUUGAAUAGCUAAUACAAUAAGCAUUAUCACUGUGUGCUAUGUACUGGAGAGAAUCUUGGCUUUGAAGUUAGAUCUAUGUAUCUCAGUUCUGUCACCCACUACAUAAGAUUCAGACUCAGUCAUUCUGGACUUGGCUUUCUUUAUCUGCAAAGUGAAAGGAAUGAGUCAUAGCUUGUAGACUGGCUACAAGGUUUAGAGAUUACAUAAAGUUUAUAAAGUGCCUACCACAGUGCCUGGCAUUUAAUAGGUGCUUAAUAAAUGGAAGGUAUUAUCACAUAAUUAUAAUUCCUCUAUAUAGGGUUUGUGUGCAAGAAAGUAGCAAUACGCACAGUGUAUUGGGAUACGGAGAGUUUCAUGAGGAGCGUUGGGAAAGGAAGUCUGACAUGAAAGACUGCUGGGGAAUAAUAAUAGUUGGGAUCAGAGUUAGAGAGACCUUCAAGAAAGAUCAUUUUAUUAUUACUACCUUGAACUUCCCAGAGUAAAGAAUAAAGUAUAACAAAUGUAGGAAAGAACAGAGAUGCCAAUACAAAACAUAGCAUGUGGGAGAGCUUCCUUCAUUCAUAUCGGCUAGAAUUGCUUUUCCCUCUAUUCAUCCUGCUUGAUCUUGUUCAAGAUGACGAAGAACUCAAGCUGCUCUCUGUAUCCCUGCCUGCUCCAAGUAGCAGUGUUUAACAAACAGUGGCAACAGCCAUGGUCUGCUUUUAAACUCAUCCAGCUCAACAGCAUAACAUCAUGCAAAUAAACACAGAGAGUAAGCAAGCCACCCAGACUCUUCCGUCCAGGCGGCUUAGGUUGGCCAUGCCUUGGAAAGCAGUGUGGGGUGGUGGUAAGGACUUGGACUGGCAUAACCUGGCUUUGCCUCCUCACUGCUUGGUGACUUUGGGGAAUAGGCAUAAACCUUGUGUACCCAGUGUUUGCAUCUGUAAAAUUUGAUCUAUGAAAUUUACCUACUCUAAAGAUCUAUUGUGAAGAUCAAAUAAGGCAGUGAGUAUAAAAGUACUUUGCAAACUGCAUGUACUGUACAAAUGUUAAUGAUUAUUAAUGUGUUCCAGAUGACUCUGAAACACUUAAUAUCCUAUAAUUUUUGGCAAUAAAAACUGUGGUUUCCAUGAAGCAUUGAAGACCACCAGAUUUUGUCAAGUUCAUAUUGUGAUCUACCAUCUUUGGGCCGUCUUAAGCAAAGUCUUCUGGUCCUCUACUUCUUUUUUUGGUUUGUUUUUUAUUUUGUUUUGUUUUUAUCCCCCCCCCUUUUUUUUAACAGUUAUAGUCAGAAUUAGGUGACUGAUUGUCACAUUGCAGGGACAGAAUCCUAACUUCAUCACUUCCUAGACUGGAAACACAUCUUAGAGAUGGACUAAAAAUUUGGUUGGAGAAGUGUAUGUAUUGCCCAUAAUAAACUCUUUUUUUUUUUUUAAGAUGAGAAAAACCAGUUUCUAAGUUUGGACAAACAAGCUGAUGUGCUUUUUACAUCUUUACACGAAUGACUCCAUGGAAAUUCAUGUAAAAUUUGUCUCAGUAAGUCUUCUGAAAUAAAUUUCAGCCCAAAGCCAGCUUCUGAAAAUUUGAUCGGUAGUGAGUCUACUCUGACUUGUAUUCAUGACUUUUAAACAAAAUUUAAAUUUUUAAUUCAUGUUUUGUAAAAGUAUAAACAUAACUUAUGCUAGCUGUAGAAACAUCUAAGCAGUGUAGGAGGACAUAAGAUUAAAAAAAAAAAAAAAAAAUCCCAUACCCUAUCUCUCCAUGAUCCCAAUCUCACAUCCCAAAGAUAACCAUUGUUAAUAAUGUCUUGUGUCUAUUUCCAGAAACUCUAUGCUUAUACAAACUUGUACUUUUUCAUCUUGCACUUCUUACCAUAUUCAUGUGAUCCUGCAAUAUUUUUUCCAUUCCAUCAUCUGUAUGUGCAUAUAUGUUUCAUAUCUAUAUAUAUGUAGAUUUCAUUAUUUAAAUGAAUGCAUAGGAUUUUAUUUUGGAUCUUUUAUAAUUUACUUAGCAAAUACUUCCUUGGUGGACUUCUGGAUUAUUUCCUAUUUUUUGAUUAUUAUAAACUAGUGCUACCCAAAGCACUGUUUUACAUUGAGAUAAGGAGCUUACCCUAGAAUAUAUAUUAGCAUAUGCAAGAAAAACUUCUAUGAAUAAAAAGUGUCACCUGAACUCACAGAGCUCUUAGUUGAUUUAUAUUCUGACCCCUUAUCUCCUCCCAGACUAAUAACCAACAAUUGAUGAAUUGUCAUCAUCAAACAGACCAUAUUUCAACAUCACUGAUAUAAAUACUGAUGCAGCGAAUAUUCUUGUAUAUAUGUGACUUCAGCCACUUGUAUGUCUAUGGAAUAAAUACCUAAAAGUGGAAUUCAUUGGUCAAAUGAUAGGUAAAUUUAAUUUUUUGAGGGAUGCUGCCAAAUUACCAAGUAAAAUGUCUACCAAUUUACACUGCUAACCGUAGAAAGUGAAUGUCUGUUUUUCUUCAACUUGUUCAAAACAUUGAGUAUUAUUAAGCUUUUCCAUACUAGACAAUGUGGUAGGCAAAAGUGAUAUUUUGUCAUUGUUUUAACUGCAACUUUUUCAAGAUGAGUGGCACACAUAAGUUUGGUCAUGUAUUUGUUUUC